CUAUUAACACUGUCCAGGCAGGCACCCUGGCUGGCUGGAGUUUCCCUCCCCUUGCCUGCCUCCCUGCCUGCCCGCCCGCCCGCCCGCCCUCCCCUUCUCUUCCCUCCCUCGCUCCCUCCCUCGCUCCCUCUCAUCAGCCCUUGCAGAUCAUCACUCGCCUCCCUCCCUCCCUCCCUCUCCUUCUCCCCUGCUUGUCCGCCUCCGCAUUUCCCUGCUGCAGCUUUGCUUUCCCCAUUCUCAUCCGAUUCUGUGCACACUCCCGUCGCUGUUGCUUGUCGUGAGUGUAUAGGACUUUUCUCCCAUCCCUGUGUACGCUCCACUGUACUAAGGGCUGUGCCAGGCCCGCAUUCUCCUUCUCUUCACCUCCUCUAAGCUCACUCGAGCGCCCUCUCUUCUUUCCUCUCCUCUCCCCUCCCCACCCGUCCCCUCCCAUCCCUGCCUCUCCAUCUCAUCCCCUCUCGGCCGGCGAGUCUGUAGUGUCAGGAAAGUGGUAGCGCUCGAGCGCUCGCCUGUUCGUUCGUUCGUUCUCCGCCCUGCCUGCAUUUUGCGAGCUCUGCAGCAUUUUGGCCUGGGCUUGCUUGCGUCGGGGCUGGACUGGACCCGAGUUCGUAUCAUCCCAGAGGGCUGGGUUGCGCUCGCUGUCCGGUCCGAACUAGUCGGCAUUGUCUCGGAUUUUUUCUCGGCAGGUUUGCUGUCUACCCCUCGACGGGGAAAUUGGAGCUGCAGCAGUUUAGCGCAGUGCAGGGAAUGUGCUGGGCUCUCUCGCCUCUGAAGCUCGUGUCGUCUAGUCCCACUCUGGCUCGACGCGAGCUCUCACUCUUCUCAUGAGCUCGUGCGCGGCGGAGCUCGAAGGUGGAAACUGCAGUUCUAGAGCGGUGGGCGUUCAGACGGGUUUCCUCUGCGCAUGUACAUGAAUUCAUCUGCACUGGAGCUCAUCUCGCGCUCUCGGUCGGUCUGCUCCAGCAGGUAGAGCGCGCAGGAGCGGGAGGGCGGCCGGGCGCACUCGGACAGUGGCAUUGGCAUUGGCAGUGGCAGUGGCAGGUUUGCGAUCGAGGGGCUCGGUAUGGCGUCCGGCAAGCGGAGGAAUUCAGAGAUCCUGUGGAGUAGUGUAGGUGUAGCUCUUUCGACCCUGGUGGUGCUGCUGGUUCUGGCGCCGGCAUUGGCCGCAGGAAACGAGAAUGCGCAGGAGCGCGCAUUCCCGGAAGCCAAUGGACGAUCCCCCGUAGUCAUCCAGCUGCACCCGAAGCACGCUGCCGGCAGAGUGCACACGCCGCUGCAGGCCACGGCGGUGGAGCUCGUGGACACGCGGGCGCCACAGAGGAAAUCCUCUUCGCUCGACAGGAAAUUGCUGGCGGGCAUCGAGAGGGAAGCAGAGCGCGAGGAGUCGCUUUCGCUGAUCGUGGAGAUGGUGCACAAGAGCCACCCGAAGGCGCCGACGCACAAGCGCCGACUGACGCAGCACGAGCACGUGCACGAGAGGAUCCUGGCGGACGCGAAGCGCGUGAAGGAGCUGAAGAAGGAGCUGCACGCGAAGAUCUCCAUGGGCGUGCCGGACCUGAGCGCCGUGGCGGACGCAGCCAAGUACGAUUUCCUGACGCCGGUGGUGUCGGGGUUCACGCUCGGAUCGGGGCAAUACUUCGUGGACUUCUACCUGGGCACGCCGCCGCAGAAGUUCUCGCUCAUCGCCGACACCGGCAGCGACCUGAUCUGGGUGCAGUGCCCGCCGUGCGUCUCGUGCUACUCGCAGAUCGGGCCCAUCUUCGCGCCCCAGGAUUCCUCGACCUACGCGCCGCUCUCGUGCGUGGCCGACGAGUGCCAGAUGAUCCCGGCGCCGCUCAACUUCACCUGCAGCGCCGAGGCGCCGGUCGAUUGCGCCUACGCCUACUCGUACGCCGACCAGUCCAUCACCGAGGGCGUGUUCUCGACCGACACCGCCACCAUGAACGUGAGCAAGGACGGCCAGACCGUGCGCAUCAGCAAUGUCGCCUUCGGCUGCGGCAACUUCAAUGUCGGCCCGUCGCUCAAGGGCGCAGGCGGGGUGAUCGGCCUGGGCCAGGGCCCGACGUCCUUCACGUCGCAGAUCGGCGCCUACUUCGGCAACAAAUUCUCCUACUGCCUGGUCGACUACCUCGACGCGACGAGCAUCACGAGCACGCUGGUGUUCGGCGAGGCGGGCAAGCGCGCCAAGGAGCAGGCGCAGUACACGCCCUUCGUGCAGAACCCGAAUUCGCCCACCUUCUACUACGUGGGCGUCAAGUGCGUGAGCGUGGGCGGGCGCGAGCUCGACAUCCACCCGCAGGUGUGGGAGAUCACGGAGCUCGGCGAUGGCGGCAGCAUCUUCGACUCGGGCACGUCGCUCACGGUGUUCCUGGAGCCGGCGUACCUGGUGAUCCUGAACGCGUUCCAGACGCACAUCUGCCCGACCUACACGCGCGUGCCGGCGCUGCAGGGCCUGGACCUGUGCUUCAGCACCGAGCGCUACGAGGACGACCCCUUCGCCAAGCUGCCAGCCUUCUCCGUCACAUUCCAGAAUGGCGCCGUCUUCAGCCCGCCGCCGCAGAAUGUGUACGUGGAGGUGGCCGAGAACACCAUGUGCCUGGCCAUGCAGGGCUCGUCGUCGCCCUUCGGCUUCAACAUCUUCGGCAACCUGAUCCAGCAGAAUUUCGAGGUCGCCUACGACCGCCAGAAGCAGCGCCUGGGAUUCGCGCCCGCCGACUGCUGAUCCCCCACCCCCCUAGGACCUCUUAUUAGCAGCAGCAGCGGCAGCCGCUUCAGCUCCGGCUCGAGCUCAAGCUCCAGCUCCAGCUCCAGCGCUUAAUCCAAGCACUCGACGGGUCUCCGGCGAUGGUCCGAGGCCCACUCUUAAUUCAACUUGAAAAUUGAACCCGGCCGGGGCCGACGGGCCGACGGCCCGAUCGCGCUCUCUCCUUCUGCUUCUUUUUCUCCAUCGCUCUCGCUCUCUCUCUUCCUCGCCCGGAGGAGGAGGAGGAUUCUCGGCUGGCGCUGGGCUUUUUGGGAGGGGGAUGGGGAUGGGGAGGGGUGGGGGAGGAGGAGGGCUUGUGUGUGCCGAUCGCUCUCUCCUGGCGCAGGAGAGCAUUGUGUCUCAGACAAGGGCCGUGGGCCAGCAUUUGCCCGACUGUGCUCCGGGGGGUGACCAGUGCCAGUGACAGUGAGUGAGAUUCACCGCGCACGCACGCACACGAAGCGAGCGGGCGGACAUCAGGCCGCAAUUUGCCAAGGUGUCCGUCCGCCCACCACCAUCAUAUGGAUUGUUACAUUUGUGAUUGUACAUUGAACUCUCAAUUCUUCCAGUGCUGACGUUCAUGGGGCUCCUUCGUGUCAAUAUGCGGGGAGAGCACGCUCGGUUCGAAUGGCGCUGUCCACCUUUGUUUGCUAUGAAUAAAAUUUCACCUGCAUGUUUGUGAUUGUUGUG